AUGGCUACAAGCGUGGCUCAAUCUUCUUCUACCUUGGCUUCACUUGACCAAAAGGUGGCCCUUGCCAAGCGCUGCUCUCAUGAGGGCGUAGUUGCUGGAGCUAAGGCAGCCAUUGUUGCUAGCAUUGCCACUGCCAUUCCAACUAUGGCCAGUGUGAGAAUGCUGCCAUGGGCAAGAGCAAAUCUUAAUCACACUGCACAAGCUCUCAUUAUCACCACAGCUGCUUAUUUUAUAGUUGCAGACAAAAUUAUUUUAGCUACAGCACGCAAGAACUCAUUCAAACAUGUCCCUAACAUGAAACCGUAA